GGGGCGGAGCUGCGGGAAGCGGCAGCCGUGGCCGCCUCGGCCCCGGGCUGGGAGUAAAGGGUGCCCCGGGAUUGCUGCGAUUCCCCGCCCYGCCGUCGCUGGCCUUCUGCCUCUCGCCGUCCGGCGCGGCCCGCGGCCCUCCCGCCGCCUCCGCGCGGCGCCGGCGGUGUGAGGCAUGAAGCUGAGCAAAGCCCAGUACGAUGAGAUAGCCCAGUUCCUGGGGCACGUGCAGCCCACCCGSCAGAGCCUGAGGAAGCUGAAGGAGAAGUUUCCUAGUCAAUCGCAGUCCACUCUGCUGAGCAUCUUCUCCCAGGAGUACCAGAAACAAAUCAAAAGAACACAUGCCAAGCAUCACACUGCUGAAGCUAUCGAAACUUACUACCAAAGGUACCUGAAUGGGGUGAUGAAAAAUUCAGCUGCCCCAGUAUUACUGGACCUGGCCAAUGAGGUGGACUUUGCCCCAUCAUUGAUGGCUCGUAUUGUGUUGGAAAGGUUUCUACAAGAAAAAGAACAAGCCAUCCCCUCUAAAACUCUUAUAAAUAGUAUGCUACGGGACCCCUCUCAGAUUCCAGAUGGAGUUCUAGCAAAUCAAGUCUAUCAGUGUACUGUGAAUGACUGUUGUUAUGGACCGCUGGUGGACUGCAUCAAACACGCUAUUGGACAUGAGCAUGAAGUCUUGCUACGAGAAAUGCUUUUGGGAAAAAACCUCUCUUUCCUAGCUGAAGAUCAGCUUCGUGCAAAGGGUUAUGACAAAACACCAGACUUUAUUUUGGAAGUGCCAGUAGCUGUAGAAGGACACAUAAUUCAUUGGAUUGAAAGCAAAGCUUCAUUUGGCGAUGAAAGUAGCCACCAAGCCUACUUGCAGGACCAGUUUUGGAGCUACUGGAACAGAUUUGGCCCUGGAUUAGUCAUCUACUGGUACGGAUUUAUUGAAGAGCUGGACUGCCAUCGUGAACGUGGUAUCCUGCUAAAAGACUGCUUCCCUACUGACAUUGUGACUCUGCGACACAGCAUGGCUCAGCGCUGAUGUGGGAGGAAGAGGUAAAUCCGGAAGCAAUUUUACUUUCCUGCAGUGUAAACUAAUGGCAGCAUCUGCCCUGAACUUCAGCUGAACUCCUGCUGCCCGCCUUAUGCUACUGCUGUUUUACACAAACAUAUCAAGAGUUUCUGUUUUGCUUCAGACCUCUGUUGUGAUCAGCCAAAAAAGACAGACACAACCCACUCAUUAUCAGCAGUUCUGUCUCUGUCAAACAGCUAGUUUCGAGACACUCAUAAUCUUUCUUCCUUCCRGAUGGCUUCUUCAGGCAUUCUAAACAAAGACAAAAAUGCAGAGUCUGAAAGGUGGAGCUUUCAGUUCUUCUCCCUGUGACAAAGUCACCUAUAAAAUUGAGUGCUUUUGUGAAUUCACUAUGUGCUAGUGAUGUGACUAAAACACCUACAGUGAUGUGGAGAUUUGGUAAAGACUGGUWUUUUGGGGCUUAAACCAAUAUAAUGCAAUGCUGAUGAAGCCCAAGUGGUAAGAGAGGAUCUUGGCUGUUACACUAAAUAGCCAGAUUUUGAGAGAAUGAGUGGUAUGUUCUGUCACUGAAAAAUCAACAAUGGAAUCCCAAGUUAACCGUUAAAAAAUAAUCCAACUUAGGGGAUUUUGAGAGGGGGUGAAAGUGAAGAACACAUGUUUUAUUGUAUUAGCCUGUGAAGUUUGGGGGUAGUUUUGGGGGAGGUUUAAUAAGUAUUUUAAUGACUCAGAAAUAACUUGUGUUUUGUCUUUUUCGUUCCCUUACCCCCAGGGAAUCUGUACCUAGGAAUUUUUUGUCUUAUCUGACUAAGGAAGGAAUCUGUCUUGACUCCUAUAGGUAUUGUAGCAACUUUCUGUCACAGUGAAGUCCAAAAGAAUAAUGUGCAAGAGCUCUCUAUGUGAGUUAUUUCUGAAGUUUACCAUCCUGGUGUUGAAGAAGAGGAAUUAAAAAACGGAUAAAAGUGCUUCAUACUGGAUCAGUUCCAUGAAACAAAUAAAGCACACAAAUGGUCAGAA